AUGGGUAGGAGAAAGAUUGAAAUUCAACCAUUAUCAGAUGAUAGAAAUAGAACAGUUACUUUUGUUAAACGAAAAGCAGGAUUAUUUAAAAAAGCUCAUGAAUUAGCUAUACUAUGUCAAGUUGAUUUAACAGUUAUAAUUGUUGGUAAUAAUAAAAAAGUUUAUGAAUUUUCAACUUGUGACUCAAAAGAGAUUUUUAAAGCUUAUGAUCAAACUUUAAAUACAAGAAAACAAGUACAUGAACAAAAAUCUCCUGAACAUUAUUCAAAUUAUAGAAAGAAAAGAUCAUUAAAUGAACCUUUAAUGAAUAAAGAUGGUAGUAUAAUUGGAACUACAAGUGCUAAUAUUAAUGAUGAUGAUAAUAAUUAUGAUGAUGAAGAUGAAUCAGAUGAAGAAAGUGAAAAUGAAAAUAUAACACCAGAACCAAAAAGAAAAAGAACAAUGAUGAAUCCCAAGGUUUUUAAUAGUACAAGACCUGCACAACCUCCACCACCUGAAAUUUCAUUAGAAGGUGUACCUACUUUUAAUACAUUUAAACGAAGAAAUAGUGAAAAUGAAACAAAUUCAAUUAAACCUGUUGAAGUUGCACCAAAAAUUCUAGAGACAGCAGGCACCACAUCAUCAUCUUCAUCAUCACAAAGGCCAAUUUUAAGAGUUCAAAUACCGACGGAUUCAAAAAAUACAAUUAAUCAAGAUCAAACUAAUAAUAAUAAUUUAUUAGAUCCAAAUAAUAAAGAUACUGCAAGAACAAUUACAGCAGUUGAAAGUACUACAAAUCCAUCAUCAAAUAUAAAUACAACAAAUACAAAUUCAAGUAAUCCACCUCCACCUAAAUUUGCAGGCUAUUCAUCAUUUAGAUCUCCAGAUACACGAAAACCAACAUUACCAAUACCUAUAAAUUCUAAAUCACAAACUUCAUCACCUGCAAGUGCGACAGGACCUGGAUUACCAACUACUAAUACUUCAAAUACUACAACUACAAGUCAACAAAUAAAUAAUAAUCACAAUCCAGUUUAUUAUCAACAAAGUCCAGCCAAUCCAUACAUUUAUCCAAAUAAUGGUGGUGGUUAUAAUCAAUAUCAACAACAAAAUAUUCAACCAGAGUCUGCAAUACGAUUUAAGAAUCAAUUAGGAGAACAAACGCCAGUAAGUGGGUUACCAAGUAAAUUUGUAAAUGAUAUGUUUCCAUUUCCAUCACCAUCGAAUUUCCUAAGUCAACAAGAUUGGCCUGGAAAUACACCAACAACAGCUAAUAUGCCACAAUAUUUUAUGAAUAUAAUGCCAAUGACAAGUAAUACUACACAAACUCAAUCUCAGCAAAAUAUCCAGCAACAACAACAACAACAACAACAACAACAGCAGCAACAACAACAGCAACAACAGCAACAGCAGCAACAACCACAACAACAACAACAACAACAACAACAACAACAACAACAGCAGCAACAACAAAAUCAACCUACACAAUCGAUCAAAGGAAACAUAUCACCUACAAUGUAUAGAAAUCAAAUUAGCAGUCGACUAAGCGAGGUUGCAGAAAUGGAACAGGAAUCAGUAAAUAGUGAAAGUAAGAAUUAA